AUGGUGCCAGUUUACGUGAAAGGAGGGAUGUGGACGAAUGUGGAAGAUGAGAUCUUGAAGGCUGCAAUUGCCAAGUACGGGUUAAACCAAUGGUCUCGGGUCUCUUCACUUUUGACUCGGAAGAAUGCCAAACAGUGUAAAUUAAGAUGGCAAGAAUGGCUUGAUCCACGUAUCAGAAAGGUCGAUUGGAGUCCUGAGGAAGACAGAAAGUUGUUGAACCUCGCUAAACUAAGGCCGAACCAAUGGAGCUCUAUUUCUUUGAUGCUCAACAGAACAGCAAAUCAAUGUAUCGAACGAUAUCAAGAGUUGUUGUCUGAUUACACAGGUCAAGAGGAUGUUGCAGCGGACGAAAACAUUGGUGCAAGCCGUCUUUUGCUAACAGGAAAUGUCGAAUCAUCAGGCGCUAGGAACACAGCAGGCAGUUCUCUAGGUGGCUUGAAUUUGAACCCGGAGUCUAAACCCGCAAGGGCCGAUUUAGAUGAAAUGGAUGAAGACGAAAAGGAAAUGAUCAGCGAAGCAAGAGCAAGGUUGACGAAUACACAAGGUAAAAAAGCCAAAAGGAAAGCAAGGGAGAAAAUUUUGGAAGAAAGCAGACGUGUUGCUGAAUUAUUGCGUAGGAGAGAGUUAAAACAAGUAGGUAUCAACGCUGCUUUAAAAACUAAGAAGCAAUUUAAGGAGCAAAUGGAUUAUAAUGCUGAUAUUGCAUUCGAAAGAAGGCCCGCAGAGGGCGUCUUUGAUACCACA